AUGAUGAAAGGUAAAGAAAUUAGAAUCAUGUCUUUGCUGGUGCUAGACACUAUUUUUUUCCUUUUGGAAUUAAUUAUCGGUUAUAUGUCUCACUCUUUAGCCCUUAUUGCCGAUUCUUUCCAUAUGCUAAACGAUAUUAUUUCAUUAUUAGUAGCUCUUUGGGCUGUUAAAGUUGCCAAAGAACGUGAUCCUGACUCUAAAUACACAUAUGGUUGGAAAAGAGCUGAGAUUCUUGGUGCAUUAAUCAACGCAGUUUUCUUAAUUGCAUUAUGUUUUUCAAUUUUGAUUGAAAGUAUUCAAAGGUUAAUUCAACCUCAAGUAGUGGAGAAUCCUAAGUUAGUCAUGAGUGUCGGUUUUGCUGGUCUUGCAUCAAAUAUUGUGGGUUUAUUCUUAUUCCAUGAACAUGAUCAUGAUCAUGGUGUACACGAUGAAGAAGCUGGUGGUUUAGUUGGUUCGAGUCACCAACAUAUGAUUUCAACUACUGGAACUGAUGCCGAAGAAAGUGAUAGUCAUACUCAUUCACAUUCUGUAGAGUCUACACCUAACGAUGUCCUAACUAAUACUACUGUUGAAAUACUAAGAAACGAGAAUGAUGACAGUAACGACAGUAACGAUAACGAAGAUACUCCAUUAGUUAAUAAGACAACUUUGAUUAAACGUAAGAAGAAGGAUGUUAAGAAACCAAAGAAAUCAACUAAAUCUCUAAAUAUGCGUGGUGUGUUUUUACAUGUCAUGGGUGAUGCAUUAGGUAACAUUGGUGUUAUUUCAGCAGCUUGGUUUAUUUGGAAAACUGAUUAUACAUGGAGAUUCUAUAGUGAUCCUUUAGUCUCAUUAUUGAUUACAUUAAUUAUAUUUUCCUCUGCAUUACCAUUAUCCCGUAAAGCGUCUAAGAUUCUUUUACAAGCUACUCCAUCGAGUAUCUCAGCAGAUGAAAUUCGUGACGAGAUUCUAGAGAUUCCAGGUGUUUUAGCUGUCCAUGAUUUCCAUAUUUGGAAUUUAACUGAGGCUAGUACCAUUGCAUCCAUACAUGUGAAAUUAGAUAUCAGUCCCGAAGAAUUUGUAUCCACGGCUAAAUUAAUUAGACAUAUAUUCCAUAACCAUGGUGUUCAUUCAGCUACUGUUCAACCAGAAUUCUCUUCUGAUCAAGUAUCUGCUCAAGAUCGUAGAAGGUUUUCUAUAAUUGCAGGUGGUGCAGAUGACAACAACUCUACACCAUGUACGGCAUAUGGUUCUACUACCAAGGAUAGUAAUUGUUUAGUGGAUAACGCUGCUAAUUGUUACUCCGACAGGUGCAAAUAA